GGUCCCACUGUCGGAACACCAAAGACCCGAAGAACCAGAGAACAAAAAAUGGAGGAAAUCUAGGCAGCAAUGGCGACCAAGAGGACCUCUAGGUUUCCAAGCUUUUCUUCAAGGAAACCCUCAAAAGAUUGUUAAUCUCGAUGGUGUUUCUUGGCAGUAGUCCGAUUGUUUUUGGGAUUCGAGGUUUUGAGUGUUUUUCGGAAUGGUUUGGGGUUUCUUAUGUGAGCUAAAAAUGUGGUUUUUGAUCCAUUGAGAUGUGAAAGUUUUGUCUUUUGGGACUAAUGGAUGAUUCUUCUUUCCAAGUAUCAAGUUUCAACUCUCUACUUCUUGGAUCUGAUUCACUACUGCUGGGGUUAUUUUAAUUUAUGAGUGUCGACCUUUUAAAGUCAGCCUUCAACAGUGAAAUUGACCACCCACUUCAGAUACAAUUGAGUGCAAUCAGAAAUAUUCUUUGGCUAUUGGAUGGUUCAAUCUUCUGGAUCUUCACUCAUUAAACAUUCUUAUUUGGUGGCUGUUUGCUGCAACUCGAAGGUAUUGUGAAGGUGUUUGCUUUCGUGAUUGCCAAUAGGGAAAGUAGAGAUGAAUGACAAUGGACAGAGGGAUAACGGGAGACAUAAAGCAGAUCAGUGCAAAUCGAAUCAUGCUCAGUGGAUGAUGCCUCCAUAUCAGAUGAAGGACAGCUAUACAAUGAAGAUGAUAGCCAUGAUGGCUGAGCGAGAUACUGCUCUCCAGGAGCGCAACAAAGCCCUUGCUGAGAAGAGAGAGGCUCUGUCUGAGAGAGACAAAUCAUAUCUUCAGCGUGAUGCGGCGCUGGCUGAGCGGAAUAAUGCCAUCAUGGAACGGGACAAGGCAUUUGCUGCUCUGGAGGCUCUACGGUAUUCCCGAGAGAAUGGGGUGAAUGACAAUGGUGGGUCUGGGUGUCCUUCUGGCUGUAAUGUACCCUUGGUGAUGAAGCAUAGUCAUCAUCUCCACCACCAGCAACAACAUCAGCAUCAGCAUCAGCAUCAGCAUCAACAGCAGCAGCAACCUCCUCAUGCUCACACGGCGCAGCUGUCAGAUGCUUUAUUUGAUCAUGAAAGAGAGAUGAACAUGAACAAUGGGUUCCCCGUCUCAGUAGCAACUGGAGCUGGUCCAAAAGCCAGACGUGGGAGACGGCCAAAGAAGGAGACAAGUGUUCAAGCAGUUCAACCCCGGAAGCCGGUGAAGGCGCCUAGGAAAAGGAUCAAAAAGAAUGAGGUCACUGGUGUGGAAAGGGAAAUUCCAAAAGCUAAACCCCUUGAAUGGAAAGGGCAGGACCUAGGACUCAACCUGGUUGCAUUUGAUGACACAACAAUGCCAGUGCCGGUGUGUUCAUGCACAGGGGAGUUCCAUCAGUGCUAUAAGUGGGGAAAUGGGGGAUGGCAAUCGGCCUGCUGUACCAUGACGUUGUCCUUGUUUCCACUCCCAAUGAUUCCCAACAAGCGCCAUACCCGUGUGGGUGGUCGCAAAAUGAGUGGCAGUGCAUUUUCAAAGCUGCUCAGCCGGCUGGCAGCUGAGGGGCAUGAUCUGUCUGUACCACUCGACCUCAAGGACCAUUGGGCAAGGCAUGGUACAAACCGCUACAUUACGAUCAAGUGAUGUAUAAUUGUCUUUUGUUACAAGAUGUUUUGAAGCUUCUGACUUUAAAAAAGGGAGGGAAAGGAGUUAUACAAUGCUCCUUGAGUCUUCCCUAUCCUAAUGGUUUUUUUUUGGUAUUUUAUUUAGCCAUGGUUGGAAAAAUUAUGUUUAGAUAUUGUAAUAUUUUCAGUUAGUGGUGGAGCAGUGAUCAGUGAUCGAUGAUCUGUUUGUGCCUUA